AUGGCCACAGCCAUGACACCGAGCUCCACCCCCCGCCCCCAGAUGUGGGUCCAGGACCGCCUGCCCUUGGCCACGCUGAAGGACCACGGCACCAACCUGCAGACCGUCCAACAGUUCAUCAAGAAGAACCAGAACCUGCGCCGGGAGAUCCAGGUGCACCGGCCCCGCGUGGACGAGGUGCUGGAACGCGCCGCCGCCGUGGCCACCAUCAAGAGCCCCGAGGCCGAGGGCGUGCGGUGCCUCCUGGAGCGCCUGGGGACCAUGUGGGCCGAGCUGCAGGAGCAGACGGAGCGCCGGCAGCAGACCCUGGAUGCCACCUACCAGCUGGAGCAGUACUACUUCGACGUGGCCGAGGUGGAGUCGUGGCUGGGAGAGCAGGAGCUGCUCCUGAUGAACGAGGAGAAGGGGAAGCUGCUGCAGGAGAAGUUCCUGGAGUUCGCCAGCGAGACGGGCAGCGUGGGCCAGGAGCGCAUCGCCGCCGUCAACCAGAUGGUGGACGAGCUCAUCGACUACGGCCACACCGACGCCGCCACCAUCGCCGAGUGGAAGGACGGCGUCAACGAAGCCUGGGCCGACCUCCUGGAGCUGAUGGAGACGCGCGCCCAGAUGCUGGCGGCGUCGCACGAGCUGCACAAGUUCUUCAACGACUGCAAGGAGGUGCUGGGCCAGAUCGAGGAGAAGCGGCAGCGCCUUCCCGAGCUGGCGGCCAGGGAGGGCAGGACGUCGGCGGGCGCCUUGCAGAGGGCCUUGGGAGCCUUCGAGCACGACGUGGAGGUGCUGGUGACGCAGGUGCGGCAGCUGCAGGAGGGCGCGGCGCAGCUGCGGACGCUCUACGCCGGCGACAACGCCGAGGCCAUCGCCGGGCGCGAGCAGGAGGUGCUGAGGGCGUGGAAGGAGCUGCUGGCGGCGUGCGAGGAGUGCCGGCUGCACGUGGCCAGCGUGGCCGACAAGAUUCGCUUCGUGGGCGCCGUCAGGGAUCUGCUGGCGUGGAUGGACGGCGUGCUGCACCAGAUGGGCGCCGGGGAGAAGCCCAG